UCUGGUAUGGGUCUGUGCUUAUUACAACUGGCUGUGGUGGCUGGAGGGCAUACCAUGAUCGGUACAGACUCUGUGUCAGAUUCUGUCCAAUGCAGGCUUCAAGGCACCCCUCGUCCCCCUGCAUUCUCCAAGGAUGGGGACUUUGUCAUCGGGGGUGUUUUCUCCAUUCACUACAACAUGCACACAGUGGAGCACAAAUUCACCAGCAUACCUGAGCCCCUGAAAUGCACAGAAAGUCUGGAUUCCCGUGAGUUGCGCUUCUCUCGCGCCAUGAUCUUUGCAAUUGAAGAAAUUAACAACAGUUCACAGCUACUGCCGGGUGUCAAGAUCGGUUAUGAAAUCCAUGAUGCUUGCUGCUCGGUCCCCGUCGCUGUGAAAGUGGCCUUUCAGCUGGCUAACGGUGUAGAUCCUGUUUUUGAAACUGGAGAAGAAUGCUCACGGUCGGCCACUGUGACAGCCAUAGUGGGCGAGUCAGGCUCCACACCAUCCAUCAGCAUGUUACGCAUAAUCAGCCCUUUCGGCAUUCCACAGGUAAGCCACUUUGCCACAUGUGCGUGUCUGAGUGAUAAAAAACAGUUUCCGACCUUCUUCAGAACCAUACCCAGCGACCAGUACCAGGCUGCCGCUCUUGUCCACCUCAUCAGGCAUUUCGGUUGGAUCUGGAUUGGGGCGGUCCGGUCCGACUCGGAUUACGGCAAUAGCGGGAUGGCUGCAUUCUUAAGGGCAGCACACGAGGAGGGCAUAUGUGUGGAGUACUCCGAGGCCUUAUCCCGCACCGAUCCACGAAGCAAAGUGAAACGGGUGGCUGAUGUGAUCCACAGCUCCACAUCCCGGGUGGUGGUUGCAUUCGCGGCCUCGGGAGACAUGAAGAUCCUGCUGGAAGAGCUGCAACGCCUGCCCACUUCACCCCGUCAGUGGAUUGGAAGUGAGGCCUGGGUCACUGAUCCGGAGAUAAAGCGCUUUGGUCUGUGUGCUGGGGCCAUUGGCUUUGGCAUCCAGCGGUCUAUCAUCCCAGGUCUAAGGGACUUUCUCCUGGAUCUCUCCCCCCAGAAGCUUUCCAGUUCCCCAGUGCUUACAGAGUUUUGGGAGGGCGCCUUUGGGUGUAGACUGGAUCAAGGUAUCUAGACUGCUCAGCGUGAGGGGGCCCUGGAGAAAGUGUGUGACGGCAGUGAGGACAUACAGCAGCUUCGGGUCCCCUACACAGACACAUCCCAGCUGCGUAUCACUAACAUGGUGUAUAAAGCUGUUUAUGCCAUCGCACACGCCAUCCACAGCCUAGUAUGUGAGGAGAUAUUUAACUCUACUGUUCACUGUGACAGAAACCUCAGUGUGAAGCCAAAACAGGUUCUUGAAAAGUUGAGGAAUGUUAACUUCUCCCGUAAUGGGUACCAUGUGUCUUUUGAUGACAAUGGGGACCCGGUGGCCAACUAUGAGCUGAUCAACUGGCAGGUAGCGGAGAGUGGGCAAAUAGAGUUUGUGGCUGUGGGGUACUAUGAUGCCUCCCUGCCCAUUGGCAUGAAGUUUCGCAUGGAAAAAGAAAUCACCUGGUUCGAUAACAGUACACAGCUGCCUGUUUCAGUGUGCAGUGAGAGCUGCCACCCAGGCACUCGUAAGGCCGUGCAGAAAGGGAAGCCUGUCUGCUGCUAUAACUGUGUACCCUGUCCUGAAGGGGAGAUCAGCAAUACCACAGAUUCAUCAAACUGUCUGAAAUGUCCGGAGGAAUACUGGCCAAACAGUCAAAGAGACCGUUGUGUCCUCAAGCCUGUAGAGUUUCUGUCCUUCCACGAGGUCCUUGGAAUCAUUCUGACCACCUGCUCAUUAGGAGGGGCCUUUCUGGCCAUCGCCGUUGCAAUCGUCUUCUACUGUCACCGGGCUUCGGCGAUUGUCAGGGCCAACAACUCUGAGCUAAGCUUCCUGCUCCUCUUCUCCUUGACUCUGUGUUUUCUAUGUUCUCUUACUUUCAUUGGCCGGCCCUCUGAGUGGUCCUGUAUGCUGCGUCACACAAUGUUUGGCAUCACCUUCGUCCUCUGUAUCUCUUGUGUUCUGGGAAAAACGAUUUUGGUGUUAAUGGCCUUUAGGGCUACACUUCCAGGAAAUAAUGUCAUGAAAUGGUUUGGGCCAGCUCAGCAGAGACUGACUGUGGUCUCUUUCACGUUUGUCCAGGCUUUAAUAUGUACCCUUUGGUUGAUCUUGUCCCCGCCCUUCCCCAUCCAAAACCUUACUACCUACAAAGAAAGAAUAAUUUUAGAGUGUGACUUGGGAUCUGUGGGGGCAUUCUGGGGAGUUUUGGGAUACAUAGGAGUCCUGGCUGUCUUGUGUUUUGUGUUGGCUUUUCUGGCUCGGAAGUUGCCCGAUAACUUUAAUGACGCCAAGUUUAUCACCUUCAGCAUGCUGAUCUUCUGUGCAGUCUGGAUCACCUUUAUCCCAGCUUAUGUCAGCUCUCCUGGGAAGUUCACUGUAGCUGUUGAGAUAUUUGCUAUUUUGGCCUCCAGUUUUAGUUUGUUCUCUUUAUUAUUUAUUCCAAAAUGCUUUAUUAUUUUGUUCAGGCCAAAGCAAAACACUAAGAAAAAUCUUAUGGUGAAGACAUCCAAUGUUAUACGCUUUUAA